AUGGCUCUUCUGCAACGACGUUGCAACAUGCGCUCUUUGUCUUUACCCCUCAAACAAUGCCGCCCGCUUCUCUCUCUCAAAACCAUCCCUCGCCCCGCCGUAACGGCCACCGCCACACCCAUCUUGGCCUCCGACCUCGAACGACUCCAAGUCUUGGGCCAGGGCAGCGGUGGCGUCGUCUACAAGGUCCUUCACAAACCCACCUCCACCACUUACGCUCUCAAACGACUCAACUCCUCCUCCGAUAACAACACCACAGUUGAGAGCGAACUCGACGUCCUCCGCCGCACCACCGGCUCUCCCCACGUCGUGCACUGCCACGCAGUCUUUGAGGAGCCCUUCGGAAACUCCUCGGUUCUCAUGGAGUACAUGGAGUCUGGUUCUCUUGAAACCUUGCUCAAGUCCCAAGGUCCUUUCUCCGAAGAAAACCUAGCCCCCAUCGCAAGGCAAGUCCUCCAAGGCCUUGACUACCUUCACAACACUCACAAGAUCGUUCAUGGCGAUAUAAAGCCCGGUAAUCUGUUAAUGAACGACAAGAAUGAGGUCAAGAUCGCCGACUUUGGGUGCAGUUCCGACGAGUCUUGUAGAUCAUCGACCAUGGGGACUUGUGCUUAUAUGAGUCCGGAGGGGCUUAACCGGGACAUGUAUGGUGGAUCUUGCAGUGGCUAUGCUAGGGAUAUAUGGAGCUUUGGGCAUGGGGUGACUCUAAUGGAGCUAUACAUGUGUCACUACCCUUUGCUUCUUAAAGGUCAGAGCAAAGAUCGGACCUCCCUUAUGAUGACUAUCUGUUUUGGAGAGGCACCGUGCUUGCCGGAGGGUGCGUCGGAAGACUUCCGGAGCUUUAUUGAGUGCUGCAUGCACAAGGACGCCGCCAAGAGGUGGACAGCGGCUCAGCUCUUGACCCACCCAUUCGUCUGCAAGGUUCAAUCCGAGGAGUGCAAACCUAGUUUGGUGAACAAGAAACGCAAACGAGACGAUAAUGAUGAUGGUGAUGAUGGUGACGUGUGA